AGAAGCUAGGAUUACUCACCAGGACGUCAUAUCUAAACCUAGUCACCUUCCAACUGUUAGGCAAAGCUUCAACUGAUUCCUAAAUGGGUGCAACCCCUACAGCAGGAGAGAACUUCACCAAGCUCACCCUUUGGCUCACUUUAUCGAUGUUUUUGGCGCACUUACUAUUUUGGGACUCCGUGCUCUGCAUCACAUGCACAAUUAUGGAACCUAUUCGAGCUCAAUAAUUAACGAUAAAUUAGUUUUUCCACAUACUGUUAUUAGAUCUACCGCAAACUACUUCUCAACUGUUAGCCAAAAUCUGCAUUUCCAUUUUGUAAUGCUUAAAGUGAUUUGGUAUAUUCUAGCAGAACUAGCAUUCCACCGAAGUUUGUAGAAAGAGGAGAAAGUGAAGUUAUGGCAAGAGAGGGAACUAACAUAACUCUCAGCUGCAAAGUCAAAGGUCAUCCACCACCGACUGUUACAUGGGAAAGAGAGGGUGGACAAGAAAUUUCUGAUUCUAAAGGACAGAUAGCACAAGGCGAAGAUUUAAGCAUUAUAAAAGUAAGCAGACUGCAUAUGGGUGUGUAUGUUUGCACUGCCACUUCCUCCAUAUAUCAAGGGCCAGCUUAUCAACCCAUAACAAGAAAUGUUAUGCUUCAUGUAUUGUUUCCUCCAAUGAUUUGGAUUCCUCAUCAACUAAUAUUCUCGUCUUUUGGUGAGACAGUUUCUCUGGAUUGUUACACAGAGGCAUUCCCUAUGUCCAUCAAUUACUGGACGAAGGCGGACAGCUGCAACAUCCUGCAUCCCAACGACAAGUACGCUGUCAGCAUCUCAGACAAUAUCUACCAAGUGAGCAUGAAACUGGUGGUUUCCAACAUUGGCAAGGAUGACUUUGGCGUUUAUAAAUGCAUCGCCAAAAAUUCACUUGGAUCAACUGAAGGACUUAUUCGAUUGUACGAGGCCAAGCCGCCAAUUUCCAAGCAGAACAACAAAAAAGAAACCGAAAAGGAAGAGGAAGAAAACCAAGAGAAUAAUAAAUUAGAAACCGGUUCAACUUAUCGUGAGACGUAUGAAGAAGUUCGGAUUAAAGGUAAAUAUGCCAGCUAUGAAUUAAUGAGGAAUACCAACACCAAAGAGAGUCGCUUGCCCAAAAGCUCUCACCUGGAGAGGCAGAGUAUAUCGAAUUUCAUUACAUCUCUAAGUUCUGGAAACCGAGCAACAGAAAGAGAAAUGGCUGCCUUCAACCAACUUUUCAUUGCCGUCAUUUGGAUCUGUCAGUAUCUGACGUUGAAACUGAUGAUCUCCUACUGAAUUGAAAAGAGCAGUUUAUGUCCUGGAUUCUCAGGAAGGGAUGAAGUUGUUACCCGAAAAAAAAACGGGAAAAAUUCUGUAAAAUAUAAAAGAGAAAAGUUAUUUUACGGACAUUUUUGACAUUUAUUUUUUUUUCAACAAACUGAUCGCAUUAACAGAAGCUUCUUUUAUAACUCAAAUUUUCGGCAAGUAUGUUUUAGACAGAUUGAAAAAUGCCAUAUUAAAUUAUGUUAUGUAUAACACAUAAUUUAGCUUUUACUUAUGGUACAGUUAAUGAUGUCUAUUACAUAAUAUAGUUUUGCCUAGAGUUUAACAUUACUGUUUUAUAUAAUUACUAUUGAUGUAAUUAUAAAAAAUGUUUCAAAAGAAGAAAAAUUCGUUUACAAACGUUAAACAAUAAAAUAUGCGAAUAAGAUAAAUAAGGAAUUUACGGUCAGUGUUAUAAUAUUUCAAAUAACUGAUAUAUAACCAAAAUCCUCAUAAAUCUCAGCUAUAGUUUUCAAUAA